AUUUACAGAGAAAAGAAACUAAGAGGUAAAAAAAACAUUCCUACCAUUGAUAAACACCAGUCAGUUUGUAUUGAAUGCAGAGGGGCUCAACAUCACACCUGGAAAAGAUAUGGCCACAUCCAGUGGUUUUCUUUCUGAGGAUCAGUUCCUGUGCUCCAUCUGUCUGGACGUCUUCAAUGAGCCUGUUUCUACUCCAUGUGGACAUACCUUCUGCAAGGCAUGUCUGAACAGGCACUGGGAAGGAAAGCAGGGACGUCAGUGUCCUAUGUGCAACAACAAAUUCAACAAGGACCUCAAACUCUCCGUCAAUAACUCAUUCAGGGAGAUUGUGGAGGCUUUUAAGAAACCUCGUGUGACAGCUGAAGCUACAUCCUCAGGAAAACCUCGUGAAGUGUUAUGUGACAUUUGCUCAGUAAACAAGAUCCGAGCCUCAAAAACUUGCUUGGUGUGUUUAAGCUCUUUUUGUGACAGACAUUUAGAGCCUCAUCUAAGAGUGGCUGCCUUGAAAAGACACAAACUUUCAGAUCCUGACCCUGACCUGGAGGAGAAAAUAUGUAAGGAACACAACCAGAUUUUUGAGUUCUUCUGCUUGAAUGAUCACGUCUCUUUCUGUGCCUUGUGCACAGAACAUAUUGAUAAUUUCAAGGUCCGUUUGAAUGAAGAGUAUGUAGAUCAAAGAUCUCACAUCCAAAUGAGAACCUGGAAUGAACCGAAAAUUAAACAUGAAAACAAUAGAAAAUCGCAGAGUAGAAGGAAUAUUAAAGUUGGAAGACCAGAGAAUGUGACUGCUCAGGAAACAAUCAACCCACAUCAGGUUAACGGAUGUAACUGUAUGUAUCAUAAUCCUGGCAUCCUCAGAGGGAAACAUUUUUUUGAAUGUGAUGUCAAUGGAAGAGAAGGAUGUGAUUUGGCAGCUGUUAGAAUUUCAGCUUUGGGAACAUUCCCACCAAAGUGGGAUGAAAACUGCAUUGUAAGGUUUAGCAUUGUGAGAAGCACUAAAAGAUUGACAGUGCUUUUAGAUUAUGAUGUUGGCCUUGUUCUUAUCCUUGAUCCAGAUAAUGAGAUCCUGAUGCAUAAAUUUAUAGGCAGCACAUUCAAUGAGCCAAUCAUACCAUUGUUUAUAACUAGCCAAAGUAAGCCUUCAUACAGUGUACAGAGCUUAAAGAGGAGACUUCAGGAGAUCAAGGAUAAUUCCUAUUUCUGGGCUGUUUUGUUUGCAAUACUGAUACUGCUUUACAAAUUCGUUUAUCUGUAAAGCAGGCCAAGUUUGUGAGAUUCAAAUAGGAGUUUACUGGGGCUGGACAAACACAAGCUGUGUAUGUAGUCUGUAAUAAGAUCCCUUGAUUAAGUAAAAUAUUUAGAAUACUUAUAUCAUUUAUUUUUCAUUUAUGUUUGUUGCAAGAAGCUAUUCUAUAUACCCAUUGAAAUAAAAUAAAUGUUUAGGUGGUAAGGACUUACUAUACUUUAGUUCUGUUAGCAAAAAAAAAUGUUUUUAAAGUCUGUGCAUUUUGUUAAAAGGUUAUACAACUUUGCAUAUUUUUAAUUGUUUGGGCAAUGUAUUAAAUAUGUUGAUUUUAUUUAGCUACUUUGAAUAGUGUUUCCAUGUAUUUUGUGUGUCAUUGCAUUAGAGUGAUAAUUCGAGUGAUAAGUAAGCCAGAGUACCUAAUAAGUCAGCCGACACAACUAUCCCUGAAUUUUCACCAGAAGCACCAGUAGUAAAGCACACAUGUAUAACUCUUUAUGGUGAAAAAACAAACCCAGGGGAAAAGCAAAAGUCUAAAAUUGAGAAGGAACAUCUGAGUGGGAGUUGUUGAAUUAGAGACUGGUGACAGAAUCUGAGGAACAGGCAUAAAUCCGUAGUUAGGACUCAAAAACAAAGUCAGGUGUGGAGAGGCAAAUACAGUACAGGCAGACAAUUAAGGGGGACAGUAAUCAGGAGGCAUAGGAAAGUCAGAUGUCCAAAGAUCAGAAACCAGGAGAAUAUCUGACGAUAGCAGGGUAGAACAGGAAAAUCUAGGAGACAAAAAACUUGGAACAUAACAGGCGGGCAGGUUGGAAAAUAACACUGGACAUUUACUCAAUGGCUUUCAAUAAUCUGGCAAGUUCUUGUCAGCAGAGAAAGGAACAUAUUGACCGGCUAAAAGGUAUGAUGAAUAUGUAAUAAGGAGGCAGACCAUGGAGGUAAACAUGGGAACAAUGACUCUAACUAAGUGCAGCACAAAGAGCAGAAGGCACACCUGUGUUAGGUGCAGACAAACAGAGAAAAAACAUGACAAAACUCAAAUAUGUGCAAGUUAAGUAAAUAUAUAUAAGUAUAUCUUGUCUGUCAAGUUGAUCAAUGAUGAUGCAUUUUGAGGUGUGCAAUUGCCUGACUUUUUCAAUGUUUUAAGUAAUUAAAAGUAGAAAUUAAAUACAUUGCAACACAAUGUAUAUUGUAUAAUUGUACAUGAAAGAUCGAUGUAAUGUAAUGUAUUCAUCAUUAAAUAUAACCUAUUUAUCAA